UAUUGUAUCAAACAUUAAAUAAAGUGUAAGAAUAGUUUCUUAUAUAUUUUGUAUCAUAUGUUUCACGCAUCUUUAAUAGUUCGUCAGUAAAACACUGCAUAAAAUUGGAGCAAAGAGAAACUUUUCAACAUAGAUACACAGUCGCAAUACAGCCGUGUUAGCGACUUCUUACGACGUGCGUCAUUCUUUCAUGUUAUAAAGUACUUUGUUAUUUGUGUUCCGUCAUCCGACAUGUGAACAAUAAGAGACACAUAUAUCUAGUGUGGGACACGAAAAAUGUAUUUAAGGGGACCAACUCGGUUACAAAGUCAAAAUUUUCGAUUUUUUUUUUUUUCAAAAAUCGAUAGUAGUAUUCGUAGAGAAAAUAUUCCUAAAGCUAUAAAGCGAAAUUCGAAGUCGUUCGGUAGAUACAGCUCACGAAACAGGUACGCGUCACGUAGGUACGCGUGACGUACGCACGGCGAGAGCGCUUAGCGACGCUCCGUCUCUCGGUCUCUCGCACAGGACUAUCGUUUCGGCAGAUGUUGAGUCAGUGUUUGUGAACACUGAUCUGUUGUGUAGUCUGCAUAUGUGUUUGUUUGUAUAAGUGUAAUCGAGGCAGCUGUUUCAAACACAACGGAUUUUUGAAAAGUCCUUCGUUUCGAGGCGGUUAUUGCUAACAGUCAGUCGAGCCCCAUUGUUCGGUGUGUGAAGACGUUCCUAUGUGAAAACAAUAAAGUGUAUCCAAAAGGAAAAAAAGAAGAGUCAGCACGUGCAUCAAGACCGCGAAAGAGACAGUUUCAUGGCAAUAAAUUUACGAAAGAGGAUAAGGAUGUGGAGCAGAGUGACACCGCUAAAAAAUUUAAAAGUGCGAGUAGUGAUGAUAUAAUUUAUGAUCCACUACAUUAUUAUAGAAUUGUAGAAUUUGUAACUGUUUUUGGCGCGCUCGCGGAGUUGCUUAUUUGUAGACAAUGCAAGCAAAAUGUAAAGUUUGAAGAAUCCGGAAACCGUGGUCUCGGUUUUAAACUUAUUGUUCGAUGUACUUGUGGUCGUAAAGAAAUCGAUUCAGGGCCGUUGAUUAAUACUAGCUAUGAAAUUAACCGAAGAAUCGUUUUCGUUAUGCGACUAUUAGGCAUCGGCCGAGAAGGUAUAAAUAUAUUUAGUGGACUUAUGGACAUCGGUCAAGGUAUAAGCACGAGUUCAUACACUAUAAGUGUGCAACAUAUAUACACAGCAGCACGUUCGAUGUUUGAUAUUUUCUGCAAAAAAGCCAGUGAAGAGGAACAAAUUGAAAAUGUCAACAAAGGAAGACCUCCAACAGAGUUCAAAGUAUCUGGCGAUGGUUCGUGGAAGAAACGUGGGUUUACUUCGUUAUACGGUGUAACGACCCUCAUUGGAUAUUAUACUGGCAAAAUCAUAGACCUCGUCGUAAAAAGCGGAUACUGCCAAGCCUGUACGUUUUGGAAUAAAAAGAAAGGUACUGACAAAUAUAUUGAGUGGUACGAACAGCACAAAGAAGAGUGUUUUGCAAACCAUUCCGGUUCCGCAGGUAAAAUGGAGGUCGACGCCGUGCAAGAAAUGUUUAUGAGGUCCAAGGAGAAAUUCGGCGUGGCGUACACUAAUUAUAUUGGAGACGGUGAUUCCAAAACGUAUAAAGCCAUUUUAGAUCUAAAUCCAUAUGGCGAUGAUCUCCCGGUAGUGAGAAGUGAGUGCGUUGGACAUGUAGAGAAACGGAUGGGCACGCGGCUCCGAAAUGUAAAAACAAGGGAAAAACUUGGUGGAAAAGGAAAAUUGACCAAUGUCCUUAUUACUAAAUUAACAAAACAUUAUGGAUUAGCAAUAAGGCGAAAUGUAGAUUCCGUUGCCGGAAUGAAGAAAGCUAUAAUGGCAACACUUCAUCAUUUAUGCUCCACAAAUGAAAAUCCGAAGCAUGACAAUUGUCCGGCCGGGGCCGACAGCUGGUGCAAGUGGCGUAAGGCUGAGGCGGCAAGUAAAGAUUUCAACCAUCCCCCUCCACUUCAUCCAGAGGUCGUAAAACAUUUGCUCCCAAUUUAUAAGGACUUUUCCAAGGAACAGCUUUUGACAAGAUGUUUAGGCGGACACACACAAAACUCCAACGAGAGUUUUAAUUCAACUAUCUGGCGCCUAGUCCCAAAACAUUUACAUUCGGGAUCAAAAAUUAUAGAAAUCGCCGCCUUCAUUGCUGCGGGUGUGUUUAAUGAAGGAUACUCGUCAAUUUUAAAAAUAAUGAAUGUCCUAGACAUAAAAAUUGGGCAACAAUGUAGAUGUUUCGCCGACAACUACGAGACGCAGCGAGUGCAGCAGAAAGAGCGCCGCAGAUCAAGCAGCACACAGGAGGCUCGAACAGCUCGUAGAAUUCUGCAAAUGGAACAGCACGAGUUCUAUGAGGAAGCGGAAGGCUUGCUGUAUGCGCCUGGUAUAGCAGAUUAGCCUAUGACUGCUACAAGAAUUGGAUCCGCUAUCAUGCACGCCAAUUUACAACUCCUGCGGCGCAGCGCUGCGAAGACAUUCUCAUAUCGCGAUAUUAUAUGCAUAAUGUUUAAAUAUUAUAAAUUUUGUUUAUUGCCUAAACAUCGACUAAAAUACCUGUAAAGUUUUAAAAAGAUUCGCUUUACUGUUGUUUAGAUAAAAAUUCACAAAAAUCACCAAUUUUUCCGCGUCCUAACCGAGUUGGUUAGGACGGGAGUUGGUCCCCUUAAAUGAAGUACUCUUACAUGUAUGAAUAUAUGUAAUUACCAAAAAAAUCCUAUAAUUAUUUGUAUAAGUUAUAAGUUUAAAACAAUCUGUUUGUUAUUUUACUGUAAGUUGAAAUUAUAUACCAUUGUAUUGUAAUACAUAUAACGCAUGUUAUAACAUAUGUGUUGUAUAACAGUUAUAUUGUUA